AAGAAGAAGAAGAAGAAGAAGCACGCCCUGCCCAACCCACACAAUAGUUAUUAGUAUUUAUUUGAUUAGUACUAGUAGCUGUUCACGCAAUAUUAAUCAUCAUAUCACAUAUAUAGAUAGAUAGAUACAAGAAGAUCAUUUAUAUACAUAUAUUAUAUCAUCGAUCGAGUAUGGCAUCUGCAGCAGGCAGAGGACGGAUCCUCCUCCCAGCCCCCGCGCUCUUCUUCUUCCUUCUCAUGAUCAUUACUUCUCAGCUGGCGUCAUCCCAACCAGAUAUGGGUCCAGACGCUGGUCCAGCCGGCGGCGGCGGCGGUGGCGGUGGCGGUGGUGGAGGAGGCGGCGGCGGUGUGGGAGAAGACCCCCCCACACCGUGGGGUCUGGGGAAUGCUAACAAUCCCCAGCAACCACAACAACCACCCCAGCAGCCCCAACAGCCGCAGCCGCCUCCUGAGCCAGUGGACCUGGGCCCGCCCGUCCCCCUGGAGGUGGGGUUCUAUCAGAAAACCUGCCCCAAGGCGGAGGAUAUCAUCAAGGAGGUCCUCACGCAACAUUUCCUCAAGGACCCCACACUUGCUCCGGGCUUCGUGCGCCUCUUCUUCCACGACUGUUUCGUCACGGGGUGCGACGCGUCCAUCCUCCUAGACGAGAACCCGACCCACGAGGACGUGGAGAAGGUGGCGGCCCACAACGGGCCCAACAUCAAGGGGUACGACGCCGUCGACGAGAUCAAGGAGCGGGUGGAGGCGGCGUGCCCCGGGGUGGUGUCGUGCGCCGACAUCCUGGCCUUUGCCACCCGGGACGCGCUCAACUACACGGGCACCCCCUUCUUCGAGGUGCCGGCGGGGCGGCGGGACGCCCGGGUGUCGCUGGCGGCGAACGUGGCCCCGAACCUGCCCCUCCCGAAUACGCCGGUGCCGGACAUCAUCGGCAUGUUCACGCGGAAGGGCAUGAGCCUGGACGACAUCGUGGUGUUCAUCGGGUCCCACUCGAUCGGCACGGCCAAGUGCACGAGCGUGGCGGACCGGUUCCGCGACCCGGUGAAGUCGAAGGACAUCGACAAGGGGUACGUGACGAAGAUGCUGGGGAUGACGGUGUGCCAGAGCCCCCAGCAGACGGUGCCCUUCAACCCCUACUCCCAGAACCAGAUGGACGCCCGCUUCUACUCCGAGGUCCUCCGCAACCGGGCGCUGCUCGAGUCCGACGAGAACUUCGCCAAGCUGCCCGAGGCCAGCGGCUACAUGAAGCAGUACGCCGACGACCAGGACCUCUGGCUCAAGAAGUUCACCGACGCCAUCCUCCGCCUCAGCCAGAUCGAGGUGCUCACCGGCAAGCGGGGGGAGGUGCGGAACAAGUGCAGGUUUGUCAAUUAAUCUAUUGAUUAAUUAAUUGAUAUAUGAACUCCUUUCCUCCUCCUCCUCCUCACCAUCAUCUACCCAUAUCUAUAUCUAUAUCUAUAUAUACUCCAGACUCACUCGCUCACUCACUCAGAUCCAUCCACCCUUCCUCCCAUAUCUAGGGCCGCCCAAUAUAAUACAUAAUCACUACUACUACUACCACUGCUGCUUUCUUUCUACUUGAUUAAUAUUUGCUUUAGGAAUCAAUAUAUAUAUAUAUAUAUCCAUGGAUAAGGAGCUAGGUGCAUGCAUGAUUAAUAUUGCUUGCCUGGCUACCUCCAUUGCUAGCUAGCUAGGUAGCUGGAUAAUAUUACUUACAUACAUAUUUAGACGCUUAUAUAUAUGUUAUGAACGGAAUUCUUGCGCAUCAUAUACAUAUAAUAUACAUUUGUAUCUUAAUUUACUGCAUGCAGCUUAGACGACACAAUCUGUCUGCCUGCCAGUUUUGGAAUUUAUUUAUACAUCUUAA